CACGCACACACACACACACACACACAGUUACAACAAACCAAUAAUUCUAACACUUUUAGUCAAGGUACAAAAGCCCAAGUCAAGGAAACACUGAUCACCAUGAUGGUGACUUUUAUUAGCUGGGAACGUUCUUAAAACAUUAACAUUAUUUAAAACGUUUUCGAAAACAUGAAAAACCUCCAAGGAACGUUCUAAUAACAAACUUCUGUUAGCUGGGAAUGUGUUUGGUGUUCAAAAAGACCAGACCUUGUUUCUCGUUCGCUUUAUGUGACCAUACUUUAUUGUUUUGUCGCUGGAAGCACAGACUCACAGCCCUGGCUGCGUUUUCUGCUCAAAAGGGGGCAGAGACUAGCAGCUCACUUGCACUCACAAGAGACACACACCAAAAGGGCACAUUUCUGUGCUGUUUUAUGAGCUGAAACUUCGCAAAACAUUAUGUGGACCCCUAUGAGUUAUAUUACAUUUAUGUAAAACUAGAAAAAACUCACCUCUUUCAGGAAAAUCUAGAUUCAAGAGCUCAAUUAAAUCAAACAUUGAUCACAGUAAUGGUGGCUUGUUGAAAUUUCAACACAUUUUUCAUUAUGGGUGUAAAAGUGACAUUGGUUGAAUGCAAUUAACAUCGACAGAUCAACAGUUUUGCACGGAUGUUGAAAGUUGUUUUAUUACUUCAUGGCAUAACAUUUUUGUUAGACAUCUUGAUUCGGUGCUCAACAUUUAUUUUGUGUUGCCUGAACAAACUGUCAGAUAUGUUGCUGAAAUAACAGAGCAUAUAAAAGUCCAAUCAUCAGAUGAGGAUGUCGAUGAUUCCAGCCAGUUCGUAAAGUUCUUCCCUAGCUUCAUCUGGGCUGUGAGAGACUUUACUCUUGAGCUUAAGAUCGAUGGCAAAGAUGUAACAGAAAAUGAGUACCUGGAGUUUGCUCUGAAGCUGAAACAUGGCACUUCAAAAAAAGUGAUGGAGUACAACCUGCCCAGGGAGUGCAUCCAAAAAUUCUUCCCUUCCAGGACUUGCUUCACUUUCCCAUUUCCAACUGCUCCAGAGUAUGUGUCUCGUCUGGAAAGCUUGGCUCCCGCUGACCUUGAUCCUAAAUUCAUGGAGGUCACAGAUUGUUUCUGCAGGUUGGUCUUUCAGGACAGCCAAGUGAAGACGCUGAAAGAUGGAUACACUGUCACUGGCAGGGUUUUUGGUAAUCUGGCAAAAACAUAUGUGGACACCAUCUCUAGUGGAGCUGUGCCGUGUCUGGAGAACGCUGUGAUUGCCAUGGCAACGAUUGAGAAUGAGGCUGCAGUGAAGGAGGGGCUUGAGCUGUACAAGAGUGGAAUGGAGAAGUUGAAGAUGUCCUUCCCUCUGGAACUGAAGAAUGUGUNAGAGGCAAGAUGA